GUGAGCUGAAAGUACAAAGUGCGUAAUGGGGUUGUGGUGCCUAAUUAAUGCUAAUUAAUCUAUGUGUAAUCACUGGAAUCUGUACGAAAACUGUCUUUUCUGUACUUCGCGGGCCUGCCUGCAAGUCGAAAGAUUCUCCGUGGAUUCUGCCUUGUGGCGUGGUUUGAUCCAGAAUAAAAUAUUUAAAGUGCUUGUGCAGCAGGGACAUAUUUUAAGAGGAUUGGUCACGGAAACCUUGGCUGAAGUCAAACAACUAAAAGACGAGCUGGUGGCAAAUACAACAAAAAGUUUCUUUACUUCAAUUUCACUGAACUUUCCCUUAUCUUCAAAUGAAGAUGUCCUGCUAUUUGAAAACUAUUUGGCUGAUACCUCAAAUUUCAAUAAUGCAAGUCAUUGCUUGCUACAACAUUGGCAAAGUCAAAAAAGGAGGCUGAAACAGCAAUUCAGUUAUGGCUGAGAAGAGCAUCUGAUAGAAGUACCUAUCAAAUGAAUAAAAAACUUUAAACUUA